AUGCCUCCCACAAAUAAAAAAUUUCCUCAAAAGAAGAAGAAGUUUGAAAUCAUUGACAAUCAAACUCCGAUUUCAUCAGAAGAAAUUAGAAAUUGGGUUGAAUUGCCUCCUGAUGUUUUAUUUCUUAUAUUUCUCAAAUUAGGCGCAAUUGACAUCUUACUUAGGGUUCAACCAGUCUGUUCAACCUGGAGAAAAGCUUCCAAAGAACCUUCGUUGUUUCGUUCAAUAGAUACGAGGAAUACUUGGGAUUCGUUCAAGGUAAGCUUGUAUGAUACCAGGAUUGGGUGGGCUUUGUUUGAGAAUAACAUGUAUGAUAUUGAAACGUUAAUCAAGAAAGCUGUGGAUAGGAGCUGCGGCCAGUUGAUUGACUUCUCUUUGGAACGUUUUUGUAGCGAUGAGCUUUUGGCGUAUAUUGCUGACAAGUCUGGUUCCUUAAGAUGUCUUCGGCUUGUAUCUUGCUAUCAAGUUGGCGAUGAUGCAUUGAUUAACGUGGCCAAGAAAGCUUUCCGGCUGGAGGAACUUGAAAUAUGCCACUGUUCAUUCUCUGGGGAUGUGCCUGAUAUGCUUAAAACAAUUGGGAAAUUAUGCUCGCAGCUAAAAUCAUUCCGGCUCAACUGUCGAGGCUACAGGCUGCCACACAGAGAUUUUGAUGAUGAGGCACUAGUCAUUGCAGCAAACAUGCCUCAGCUGCAUCGUCUUCAUCUUUUUGGGAAUAAAUUGACCAAUGUGGGGUUGGGGGCCAUUCUCAAUGGCUGCCGGCAUCUUGAAUCUCUUGACCUCCGUCAAUGCUUCAACCUUAAUCUAGAAGGGGUUCUACUGAAGAGCUGCAAAGAGAGGCUUAUAAAACUAAGGCUCCCAAAUGACCCCACAGAGGACUAUGAGUUUAAUGCUGUAAAUGUUGAUGGCGAUGAUGAUUAUGAAUCAUUUUAUCGCUACAGAGUCAUAGAUUUAGGUGAUGGGAAUUAA